AUGGCGGCGCGGCACAUGGACCACACGCAGUGGCUGGCGAAGCUGGUGGCCUUUGACACCACCAGCCGCAACUCGAACCUCGAGCUCAUCCACUACUGCAGGGACUACCUGGAGGGGGUCGGCGUCAAGUGCACGCUGAUCCACAACCCCGAGAGGACGAAGGCGAACCUGUGGGCGACGCUGCCGGGCGACGGCGGCGUGACCGACGGCGGCAUCAUUUUCUCCGGCCACACCGACGUGGUGCCGGUGGACGGGCAGAAGUGGGACAGCGACCCGUUCACGCUGACG